AUGGACUUCCAAUCACUCAGACCAUGGGCAGCAUCACUCCAACGGUUCCAAGGUUAUAUUAGAGUACCCGAUGUUUCAUUCUCAGAUUUCACAAAUAAUCAAGAUUCAUUAUCACCAUCAAAAAUUACAAUUCAAAUCUUAAUAUUACAAUUUUUUUAUUAUAUCAUAGCUACAAUCUUUAGUUUUUCAAUAGCAUGGAUCUUAGGGUUAGAUUUUUCAUUAGAUUGGGUUUUCAAUUGGAAUUCAGUUUCAUUGGAUAAUACUUUAGGUUUAACAAUGAUUGGACUUUGGUUAUUUGAUUCAUUAUUAUGUGUUAUAUUCAUGACUGUUAUAGUGGGGAGAUCUAAAUUAGCAUGGGAUUUUGCCCUAACGAUACAUUUAAUCAAUUUAAUCAUUGUAUGGAUUUAUUCAGGUUCAUUCCCAGGGAAUUUAGUUUGGUGGAUUGUUCAAAUUUUAAGUUGUAUUAUCUUAGUUAGUUUAGGUACUUGGUCAACAAGAUGGAAAGAAUUAAGAGAAACUUUUUUCGAAGGUUUAGUUGAUCCUGAAUUAGGAAAUGGUGUAGGGAAUCAAAGACCUGUCAUUGAAAUGCAGGAUCAUUCAUAA